AGGUGAUAAUUAUGUUGAAUGUUUAUGAUGUAGAAAUGUUUUUAUAAGGCAGUUGGACUCUAUCUGUCUAAGGAGAUAUUAACCCUGACAUUUGUUGGUCAGUGGGAUAAAUAUGUUUUGAUAAGGAUGAAUUGUUUUUAUUACAAAAUAGAUAUAUUGUGGUUAUCUGGUAUUUGCUAAUAGAGUUAUCAAGUUGGCUAUAUUUUAAAAAAGGCUUGUGUUCUAAUCAGUGGAAAGUUUACAUAACAGGACAAAACCCUUUUAAUCCAUGGCUCAUUGACCUAACAUUAUUGUGACCAUUGGUGGAUUUACAAUAAUUGAGACAUUUUGUUUGCAUAACUGUCACGGUUUCUGAUUUGAGUGGUCUGAUAGAGUGGACAAUUAUAACAAAAAAAUUUUAACAAAAUUUGAGAAAUUUUCUUUGUGAAAAAAGGAUUCCAAGAUGCCAGCCGAAACAUUGGAUAAUGGAAUUUAUAUGAUUCCAGAGAUCGAAUCAGGGGCUAAAUUUGUACUAAGACCAGAUGAUUUUAAUGUUGACUAUGACCCUACAGAGGUCAAGAGACGGACCCAUCCUAGAGGUGAAUUACGCCAUGCCAUGUCAGAGAUUUUACCCAAUGACUUUCAAUUUGCUGCUCAGAGAAAACGAAGUCAAACAAUGGAGAUAGCAAAAGAACAUGCAUAUUCAAGACUGCAGUCAGAACUCAACAAAGCUCAGGAGGAACUUAAAUUAAAAGAUGAAGAAUGUGACAAAUUAUUGAAAGUACGAGAUCAGAUGGGGGAGGAGUUAGAGGAUCUCACAGCCAGUCUUUUUGAGGAAGCUAACAACAUGGUUCAAGAUGCUAAUAUUAAAAGAAUGCAUUCAGAAAAAAUAUUAAAGGAAGCAAAUGAACAGAUUGAUGUUUUGCAAGCAGAAUUAAAAGCAUUGAAACAGUUGGUCCUUACAUCCACCCCAAGUUCCCCAAACAAACACCUACAUCCACAGAUUGCUUCCAAAGUAGAAAUGCGGAAGAAGGAAGAGAGUAAGAAACCAUUUUGGAAAACACAUCGAAGAUCUACCAGUCACCAUGAGUUCACAAAAGAGGCUCGAGAAGGGGCAAUCGCUGAACAAGAUGCUAAAACAGACAGGUGUAAAGAGAUUGACCAAGUAUGUUUUGAUGAGUUUUGUGCCUGGAGACAGACACCCCUGAUGGAAAGAAAAGAUGGAUACUUAUCAAGGGUUUAUAUGGAAGAUAUUUUACCAUGUUUAAAUUUUGCAAAUACAAAGUUAUCACAACGAGUGCAGGAAUGUGUAGGUAACAAUUCCUUAGCAAUAGAACCAAUCCCAGGAGACAAUUCAUAUCCAAGGAAGUGUAGAUUAACCGAAAAUAAUAAACUAUGUAACUACAAAAUUAGAUUAGGUGAUGAGCCUGAGUGGUAUUCUAUAUCUCAGCUGUGUAGAAAUAGGAUUGCAGCUGUAUGUGAUUAUUAUACUUAUAUUAGAUAUAUACAACAAGGUUUAGUUAAAAAUGAAGAUAAAGAAGUAUUUUAUGAAUUGGUAAGAUUACGGAAAAAGAUGGCUUUAACAAGACUUGGAUAUUCCUGAAAAUGCUGACGUUUUAAAGUGGCUUCAAUCAAAAAUCUUGCCAGGAGAUGGAGAAAGAAAACAGUAUUAAAUAAAUAAUGUGGCCAAUUUACGCCAAUGUGGGGUCAGAAAGAAAAGUAAGGAAUUUGAAGAAUUAGAAAAAAAAGAAUUCUCCACACAAAGUGAUAUAUUCUCUAUUCAAGCCAGUAUAGACAUCUUUAUUGGUGCAAAUAAAUAUCUGCUUUCACAGCAUUUAUUUUGUGUUUUUUAAUUGAUUGUGAAAAUACAAAAUUUAUUCUCAUAUAUGUGUAUUUUAAUGUCAUAGUGAUAUGUACUUGUGCAAUGUGUUGUAUUGUUUUAUUAAUGUAUAACUAACAUUUUAUUGUAUUUGAUAUUUGUGUAUCAUUCAAAACCUUAUACUAAGGACGGCAGUUGGUUCAUAAUUUAAAAAUCUAAGCUGGGCUGAUCAAGGUUGACACAGAUCAUUUAUAAGAAAACACUUGAAAGAUUUCAAAUAUUUGUAAAGACCAAGAAUUUCACUAAAUUGAUAACUUGUUAAGAAGAUAAAUUUUAUUUAAAUACUCUGCUUUAUCGGUUGAAAUUAGCUUUGUCAUGGAAUAUCUGCAAUUAUUUUUUUUUAUCCCCAGGGUCUUAAGAUUGAUCUUUUGUGUUAGCAUUUUUUAAACUCAAUACAUAAAUGUGUGCAAUAUUUGUAACGGUAUACAGUGUAUGUGAAAAUGUAAAAAUAGCAAGGAAAAGAUUGGCUUGAAAUAAAAUCACCCUAUCAUUUUCAUGAAAAAAAUGAAAUAUAUCAAAUGUUAACCCUGUUGUAAAAUAAAAUAUUUACUUAAAGGACUAUUCCAUUAUUUGGAAUGUAGGUUGAUGGGGGAGGAUGUCCAAGAAACAUUCUGUCUUUGAGUAACUUUGCUUAAAUAUAAGGUCUUAUUCGGGGUCUUUGAUUUUUUAGAUGCUUUUUGUCUAUUCUUUAUUUUGCCUUUUAGUGUCUUCUCUUUAUUUUUGGCUUAUUUUUUCCAUUUUUUUUUAUAGAGGGGGCAGAGUCAUUUAUUGUAUAUUUUUGCAUGUAAUUUUCUAUUCCGUAAACCCCAACCAGACCCUCUUGCAUCAAAUUGUCAAAUAACAAUAAACGACCAAAGAUCCUUGUUCAUAAAUAAAAUUUCCAUCCCUACCCUCCAUCAUUUCAUAUAAUGGAAUAGCCCAAACUUGAUUUUGAAAUAUGACUUAGUAGAUCAAGUCUGCAAAAAUUACAAUCAGGGAGAACUGUAUAAAAAAGAGAAAUCAGGUUUACACAUAUAAUUUAAUUGCGGAAUAUUCUUAUGAUUUUGUAUUAUUUAUUUCAGAACUUUUUUAAAAUGUCAUUGAAGAACUGCAAAACAACUAUUUUUUUUGUCUCCAAUCUAAAACCAUAAGUUAGUGCCAAUACAUGUAUUCAACAGGAAAACUUGACAGUUUUUUGUGUCUGUUGUACUAUUUUUAUGUGUAUUUACAUUUAUCAAUUACUUUGUAUUUAAAAUCAUUUAAUACCUCUUUUUUAGUGAGUUUUUCUCAAUUUACCAAUUUUUUAAAGGUUUCUGUCAGUAAGUUAAAAAUAAAAGUGUGAUUAUUUUUUUGUUGUUUAAAAUGAAUAAAUUAAUUUUUGUUUUCAAAUACACAAGUACACACAUUAAAUUAGAGAAAACACGUUAAAUUAGAGUAGACAUAUGAAUUUUAGAUAGAAUUUAUAGAAAAAUGAAUGGAUUAUUAGGUUGAAGCAAGGUAGUGAUAUAGAGAGGCAUACGACGCUCUGUGAUAAAAUGUGCUUUGAGGAAACGCUCUGUAGUUGAGAGUCGGAAUAAGGUUUACAUUAUAGAAAAUAUGGGACUCAUGCUGCAGAAAAAAUGGGCCUAAAUAUUUAAGAAAAGAGAAAAAUAGGCCAAAAAGAUAUAGAAAAUAGAAAAGUGAGCAAAAUUUACAAAGAACAAAGACAAAUGGCUAAAAUUUGAUAAUACAGAAAUUAAGAACCCCCAUCGCAACCCUCAUAGUAAGCUAUAUGAAGGAUAUAUGUACACAUGGAGGCACAGCAUAAAUUUUAAUAUACUGUAAAUUCAGAAAUAUUGGGUGCAUUUUUUAUUGCGGUUUUUACAUUUUAGACAAGAAAGAGAUUUUAGUUUUUGCGAAAUUCUGAAAAAUCUUGUUUAUAUCAUAUGAAAUUUUAUUAAAUGCAAGUUUAAAUUAUGUAAAUUAAUAUACAGAGUUGCAUUUUUUCGCAGAAAUAGAAACAUCGCAAUAAAUUCUGCAUUUAAAGUAAGCUGUUUUUAAACAUUUAUGUUUUUAUGUGUUCCAUUCAUCCUUCUGUGUGUUCUCAUUGUAAUACAGCCUUCUGUGUGUUCUCAGUGUAAUUUAUUUGUGUAGGUUGUAAAAUAAGUUGUAAAUAUUGAUAUCAGUUGUAAUAUAUUAUAUACUUACGUAUGCAUACACUUAUUUAAAACAUGUGUGUUGUAUUGUGUACUGUUUUCCAGUAUCAGGAAAUGAGAAAAUCAGGAAUUUUUAAGGCUAUCUUUAAAUGUCAUAAUGGCAAUACAGCAAAUGAGAUUUUAUUUGUUUUCUGUUUUAAAUUCAUGUUGUGAAGUUUUAAUAUUUACAUUUUAACACAAGCAUUUUAAAAAAUUGUUAGCUGUAUAAAGCAAUGCUACCUAGUUGUGACUAUAAAAAAUGCAAUGUGAAAUACUAAGCUUGCAGCAAUAUAAAUAUAACCCUGAAAUGUUUGAAACUAAAAACUAAAUUUUCCACUUGCGAAAAAAAUAAUGGGAAAUCUGAAUUAUUUUUGCUGUUAAGCAUUUCAAAUCAUGUUGAAACUUUUAUAAAGGUCACCUUGUUAUUUGUUUUGUUCAUUUUAUGUGAUGUUAAAGUUUAUAAAAGUUUUGUUAAAUUAAUAAUUUUAUUGUUUUUAAUUCAAUUUAGAUUGUUGAGUUUUACAGACACAAAAAAUGUGCAUUCUCAUAAAUCAUUAAACAAAAUGUUAUCACACGAAGAACCAUAAUCAGAAAAAUCAUGUUAACCUUAAUCAUGAUCAGUUGUGUUAAUGUUAAUUGUUAAUGUUGUUAACAGGUUGUGAUUUUUCAAAGAUCAAAUGAAAUUCAGAAAACGUGUACUUUGUCUCAUUAAUACUCAUAUGUUAAAUUUUAUAAAAAGUUUAUUUGUAUUUUUAUAACACAUAAAUAAUUAUAAUAUGCACAUAUAGAGGUUGUUACAUGAUAGCAUAUGUAUUAAGAUAUAGGUGCUUGUUUUAUGUAUAUAGCUUUACGUGUUGUGCUUAUACCAUAUUUUAUGUCCAUUUUAAUUGCUGAGUCAGCAGUUUGUUGAAUCUGUUGUACAGUCACAUUGCAAUUUUUGAAUCUGUUGUACAGUCACAUUACAAUUGUUGAAUCUGUUGUACAGUCACAUUGCAAUUGUUGAAUCUGUUGUACAGUCACAUUGCAAUUGUUGAAAUAUUGACUUUCAAUUUUCUGGAAUAUGAAAUUUCGCAGAAGAAUAUAUAACCAGCUUUGUUAAGGCGGUUUAAAAAAUAUUCUUAGAUUCUGUGAAGCAUAUUAUUUAUAAUGAAAAUAUUCUUAUAUUCUGUGAAGCACAUUUAUAAUGAAAUAUUCUUUGAUUCAGGGAUAAUAAGAAGUAAAAAAAAAUUACCCACCGAUGCAUGAGGUCAUAAAAUUUCUGUAGUUUAACACAAGUGCAGCAGAAGGUUAACACUCAAGUUAUCAUUGAUCAAACUCUGUAAAUUUGACUUAUUAUAAUCGAAAAAAUAUAUUCAAUAUUAAUAUUACUCUUUUGUAUUUGAAAUUUAAUGGAAUUUUAAGAAUUGAGCUUUCUUACUGAUUGUAAAUUGUUCAAGAUUACAAUUACAGAUAUAAAAAUGCUGGCCAUUGAAAAAUAAAAAUUACAAAAUAUAAUAGUUCUAUCAGAGAUCUUAAAUCGUUAUUAUAAUCUUCAUGUCAUGAUUAUGUAAGACAGGGUUGUAUUGGCAUUUGAAUUUUGAUAUAUUUUUUUCUUAUUCAAGGAAAAUAUAUUUUACAAGUUUGCUUCCAAAACCUUGAAUUUUUUUUUAAUUUACCAAUUUUUUUUUCUUUAUUUGAUCACAUUCAGAAUUAAAAAAAACAUCUUUCAUUGAUUUCAGUCAUUGACCUUGAGCAGGCUCUGGGUCACAUGCAUAUCACAUCCUUUAAUUAAAAGUGACAUUUUUUUUAGCUUAAUCAGUUCUGUAUAUAAAUUUUUCACAUUUGAGGCAUGUUAAAAUAUGCUUUAAUGCAAAGGGGAUCUGUGUGAUCUUAUUGGGCAGCCAUUUAAAAAAUAUGCAUUUUAUGCAUAAACAAAGAUAAUUCAGUUGGUCAUCCUUACCUGUAUUGUCCAAUUCAAUUGACUGAUUUUGGUGUAUCACAAUUUUUUGAACACCAGGCUAUUUCAUGGUUGAUCAAUUCAUCAUAUUGGCAAAGAACCUUUUGCUAUGCUUCUAACGUCUUUGAGUCAUUUUACGCUUAAAAUAUGUUGUUUCAUCCAUCAUAACCAUUUAACUAUAAUAUCUCAUUCAGAUUACAGAAAUGGUUAGGACUGAAAAAUGAUUAUGAUCAGAGCCCUUUAAAUUGGGAUUUAUUUUAUAUAUAUGAUAAAGUAACUGUAAAUUUUAUCAAUUGUGAUACCUAUUUGUUGCAUUAGGUUGAAAGAAAUAUUGUUAGUGAAUAAAUUUUAAUAUUAUUUUAUUGUCAGUUAACAUAUACAUUUUGCUGUAAAACCUUCACAGUUAGUGGCUAUGCAUGACCAAACCAUUUGAGAAACAUGAAGCCAAUUGUUUAAGGAAAGCCUGAGAACUAUUUGUAUUUUAUUUAAAAAGAGACAACUUGGGCUUGGGAUGAGACAUAUUUUGUUUCUGUAGGUACUUAAGAAUAUUUGUAUCCAAUUUUUUCAUACCACGUUUUAGUGUAGUAUUGAAUGAAAAGAAAAAUUUACAUUUUAUCAUAUAGAUCACAUGCCUAACUGUUACAGCGGUAUAUACUACUGUUGUCUUUAUUUGUCAUCUUUUGAUUUUAAAAACCUUUAAAUAGUGGCCAUAUAUAUAUGUAUAUAUUAUUCUAGAAUUGUCAAUAUUAAGUGACUGAUGUGAACUGGAGUGGGCAUUUAAAUAUGAAAUCUCCAAAUGAAUUUUAGUGAUUAAAUCAUGUUUUACAAUUUAAA